UCGUUAUUGAUCGUCCUGUUACUUAACGUUACUUACGCCACUUCUCAUGUCGCUAAAAGUUCCCCUCCCGAAGAUGCUCAAGUUCAAGAGACGGCUCCACGCUCGCCGAGCUCCGAGCCAAAGCGCCGUUUCAUCGUGACAAGGACUACUGCAGAGCUGUCAUAUGUUGCUUCUCAAUGCGAGAAUCGGGCAGGACAAUACCAAGGUUACCGCGCACUGCCGCCACGGAUCUGGCGAGUCGGAUCCGAACCUUGCCGAGGUGUUGAAGACCUAUGCAGCAUCUAUUGGGUGCUUCGCCAGUCUCUUGGGGGACUAUUCGGGUAUACACAGGACCCCGCGCCCAUAGCAUGCCAAAGCAAGCUGUGGCGCGACAUACUUCUGAUAGCGUUCUAUUCUCAAAAUUGCUGGACACUGGCCGAUCAAGACUGCACCGUCCACCCCCUUGCCCAAUUCCUUAACAGUCGUGAUCUGGUUCGAGCUCCCGACUCAUAGGCGCUCAGGCUUUUUGGGGGGUUUCUCGACAGUGCCACAGAGGAGGGCUCACAGCGGAAUUUUCGGUGAGGCAAGAUUCUCGGCCUCUUUUCGGUCAUGGGCUAUUUUCCGGCGUCCUUGGAUGCGACGGGACGAGGAAACGCGUACUGCUGUUUCUUACUUCCGUACAAAGCCGAUCAAUCCAAUGGUUUCC